CAACAGCCAGCAAACCGCGUCCAUCCAUCGCAUCCGCCAGCAUUGGCUUCCUUCGCAGUCGCAAUCGCAGCCGCAGCCUCAGUUGCAUGUUUCUCUUCAACCAGCUACGCGCCACCUUUACACGAUCCGCCAACAUGCCUCCAGCUCUCAGUGAUGACGAGCAAUCCGACUUUGAGCAGCCCGGAAUCCCCAUCCGCGCUUCCAACUCCAACUCAGCCGAAGAUGACUUUGCCAGCGACGACGACGAGCCGAGCGCCAAUGGAGGUCCCGUGAAUGGCGCGGGUGCAGACGACGAGGGUGACGAAGAGGACGACGGUGAGGCCGCCGAAGACCUCGAAGAGGACGAGUUCAUCGUGGAAGCCGUCACGAAGCACAUGAUUGACGACGAUGGAUCACUUAAGUUUCUCGUCAAGUGGGAAGGAUGGGAGAAAAAGUCGGACAUGACGUGGGAGCCUGAGGAUAACUUGCUGGAAUCGGCAUCCGAGAUUCUCGAGGAGUACCUCAAGUCGAUUGGCGGUCGCGAUAGUAUCUUUGAGGAGACGGAGAAGGCGGCGCGAGGCAAGAAGCGUGGCCGCGCAUCAACUGGGGCCACGACAGCGCCAAAGCGCUCGCGAAAGAACGGUGCCGCUGGCCACCCUGCGGAGUCGACACCGCCCGCCAGUGCGAAGAAGUGGAGUCCGCCUGCGGGAUCGUGGGAGGACGAGAUCGAGUCGAUUGACGCCUGCGAAGACGAGGGCAACGGCAAGCUGGUCGUCUACCUCAUCUGGAAGAACGGCAGCAAGACCAAGCACGACACGUCGGUCAUCUAUAAAAAGUGCCCGCAAAAGAUGCUUCAAUUCUACGAGCGACACGUCAAGAUCAUUAGGGACGAGAGCAGAUUGGCAACUGAUUGAGCGAGCGUCGCGGUGCGAGGUUGUAUGCGGGACGUGGCUGUGGGCAGGGAGACAUGGCCGGUGUUUGAUGCUUUGAUCACGUUGGGCUAGGGGUCUGGCUACUUCGCGUAGAAACUGAAGGAAGGCUUGUUUUGGGUGUGUUUGGCCGUCUUUGCAACCGGCGACCGCGUGCGAGACGCGGCGGAUGGACGGGGAUGGGGGGCGAGGUGGAUGUGUACGAUUUGGGGUUUCUGCUUCCCCUGGCGAUAUUCUGUAGUUGACCAAGCCGGAGUCUGCAAUACGUGCAUCACUUGGCC